AUGAAGUCAUCGCAAGUUGGUGCUCAGAUCGGGUCUUGUUGGGGGAAGGUAUUCAGCAAAGAUACUUCUUUGGGUGGAGCAACUGCUUUCUGCAAAGCAGCAGUUUUGGCUGUGCAUGAAUGCAAUGAGAACAUGCGCUGCGACCUUGCAGAUCUUAUGGUCCACAAAAAAUCCACUGCGGACAAGUGUUACUUGCUGAAGAAUAAAAGUAAAUCUGCAGUACAGACCUCAAAAGAAUUAGCUAAAAUAAUGAGGUCGGCUGGUGCAUUUUGCUCAACAGAAAAAGGCAAUUCAUAUGAAGAUGAGGAACUGCCGUGUGAUGAGCCAUUGUUUGAAAACAUCCCCAUGACAUAUAUGGUCACUUUCUGA